CCCACUGACACUUCAGCUCAAAGGGAAAGUGCAGUUUUUAGCGAGAGAAAAUUAGAGAAGAUGAAGUUCACAGACUCGCCGGUGAUCGAUCUUCAAGUGCUAAAUUCUCAGCUAUCUUUCCACCAAGACAAUGGAUCCAUGCACGUAGGUACAAGCGUAUGGCCCUGUUCACUUAUCCUCGUCAAAUUCGCCGAACGUUGGCAUCCUCAAACAUGCGCCGUUACUCCAAAUCCCUAUUCCGACAUCCUUAACUUCCAAAACAAACGCGGAAUCGAACUCGGCGCCGGGUGUGGAGUUGCCGCCAUGGGCCUCUUCUUACUGGGCCUGAACAACGUCGUUAUCACUGAUAUCGCUCCCGUUAUGCCGGCCCUAAAACACAACCUUAAGAAAAACAAGCCAGUUUUGAGUAAGUCUUUGAAAACGGCCCAGUUGAAUUGGUCCAAUCAAGACCAGAUAAAAUCUCUUAACCCACCGUUUGAUGUCGUUGUUGCCACCGAUGUGGUGUACUUGGAGGAGACGGUGAGUCCAUUGCUCUCGGCUAUGGAAGCUUUGGUGAGUGAAAACGGCGUCGUUUUGUUGGGCUACCAGCUGAGAUCUCCUGAAGCGCAUAAGAAGUUCUGGGAGCUUAGCGGAGACAUGUUUGAUAUCGAGAAGGUUCCACACGAGCAUUUACAUCCAGAGUACGCCUACGAGGAGACCGACGUUUAUGUUUUCAGAAAGAAGAAGAAACUAUAGGACCCUCCUUCCAAUUUACCUUCUCUUGACAGAAUGGAGACUAGCAUUGUCAACUGCAGAACUCCAAGCGGGUUAAACUCAGCCAUCUGCUGGCUUCACAAUGACGAACUGUUUGCAUGCAUGAAUAUAAUUAUAGAUGAAACCUAUGUACUCUGUGAGAUGGCUGUUCUGCUGCGACUGUAGUUGGAUAGAUGGUGUAGCGAACUUUAUGAUAUUCUGUUACCAAAGGGUAAUAAGUAAAUAUAUCAACUGUUCAUAUAUUUCACGCUCGCACAACCGGUGGGCAUAGCAUAUGUGCUUCGCUGGGUGCGAUAGGAUACUUGUUCUCAGCUUUUCACUGUAUCAGCGCUAUUAUUCUUGAGUGUUUUUUUAGCCGUCAAUGUGUUAUUUGCUUCUACUAUACAUAGACAGGGUUGAAAUUGCUACCCAUCUCAUCACUGUAAUAAAAGAAUUUGUAAUGCUGAUGCAUUAUUUUUGGAAAUCAUUUGGUUCUUGCUA